AUGCAAUCCUUACGAACAGUCACCCCAGGCCAUCCGGUGCCUUUAACCGCGCACUCGCAUCCCAACAAUCCUAUCCCUGAAGAUCCUACACAUUCGAGAACAUUGUCCGUGACUGCCUCACAGCUGAGCCGGUCAUCCGCAUCCACCAUGACCAGCGGCGCCUACUCCGACGAUGCCUCCAGCGUCGACACGGCACCGACUACGCCAAUCACUGAAGGUCUCUCCGACGAUUCCUUAGACGAAAUGCAAAACAAGUCCGACCCGGCCACCAGGAAGAGACGCGCUUCGACCGUUCUGGUAUCGGAGGAUUCGGAGGAUGCGAGACGGUUUCUGGGCGAGAAGGGUACAGCCACCCAAAUGAUACAGAAGGCGUGCUGUGGUGGUGGCUGUUGUAUGCUACAAGAAUUGAAGAUGACGAGCGCGUCGCCCGGAACAAAUCCCAUCAGACCCCCGGACAAUCCCGCGUACCGAAGUUUGAACCUCAAGUUGGUUGGUUUGGAUCUGGAUAGUGAACUGACCGCAGUUAUCGACUUGCCCCCAAAGACCGUCUCACUCGAGUCGUUAUCCUCAUCACAGCCAACCAGUUACGCCGAACCGCCAACCAAAAAUACCGCGGAAGUUUUCAAACAUCCCCCAAACUUUGUCACACCUCAUCCCCCAUACCAGGUCUUCUCCGCCCCGCUCUAUCACGCCCGCGAGUUGACGAAAGAGGGCGCCGAGAAGAGGACAUAUCACUUCGACAUUGAUGUCACAGACUACCCCAAAGAAGGCGGAGAUGUGGAUUUUGUGGUCGGAGGAGCCAUUGGAGUCUGCGUUCCCAACUCACCCGAGGUGGUGGACCAGGUCUUUCAUUUACUCGGAAUCCCCAAGUUCGUCCGUGACAAGCCGGUUUUGUUGAAGACAACCACUGGAAGGUGGCCCACGAUCUGGGGCGAGGAGCAAGCCCGAGAGCUUGUGACCACCAGGAGAGAGCUCUUGACGUGGUGCUCGGACCUUCAAAGCUACCCGCCCACCAAGCACUUGUUGCGAAUCAUGGCCGAAUAUGCCGAGGACGAACACGAAAAGAAGAUUUUGAUGUUCCUGUGUUCGGCGCAGGGUCAAGGCGCGUUCUGCGAUCUACGGACCGGUCCCUAUGUCACCGUUCCACAGCUUCUCGAAGCUUUCCCGUCCGCAAACCCACCUUUGGACUACCUAUGUUCCGCCCUCAACCAACUUAUGCCACGCUUUUACUCCCUCUCGCAAGAUCCUGUGAUCUCGUCGGAAAGAAACGGCGAUGGGUCGCGCCGCUUGAUCGAAAUCGCGGUGACGGUUCAUGAAGUCGAAGAUUACCGUGGCGGGCGUCGCACGGGAGUCAGCUCCGGCUUCCUGGAGAGGAUAGCCAGACAAUUCAUUGACGCAGAGAAGCAGGGGAAGAAUCCCCGUGACCUCGAUCUUCGAAUCCCCAUGUUCCGAGGUUUGAUGGCCAACCCGCUUGCGCGAGAGUUUGUCAGCGAUGGCCCCAUGCUUCUGAUCGGUGCAGGCGUCGGCGUCGCGCCCUUCCGAGGCUUUGUGCACCGGAGGCUCAAGUCUGCCAACUGUGCGAACAAAGUCUGGGUUCUUCAAGGUGUACGCGAUAGUCUGCUCGACGAACUCUACUCUGGAGAUUGGGGCGUGCACGAAGACAAAGUCAAAAAGGUGGUCCAGUCUCGACGAGGAGAGGGACGAUACGUGCAGGAAGAAGUGCGCGCUCAGGCCGAUCUCGUCUGGUUCAUUAUUAACGCCGUCGAUGGGAGGAUUUUUGUUUGUGGUAGCUCAAAAGGAAUGGGCGAAGGUGUGGAGGCCGCACUCGUCGAUGUCGCCAUGGCGAAGGGAAAGUUAAACCCCGAUGAAGCACAGAGCUUCUGGGACGAGAAGAAGAAAUCUGGCCAGUACAUUGCCGAGACCUGGUAA